AUGGCCGAGUCACUGGGUGCUCAAUCGUCACAACUGACAUCAGUAGUUGGAGAUCCCCCAGUUGAGCACUCGUCGUCGGGUUAUACAUGGUCCCUGGAGACCCCACAUUCCGGAUUGGGGGUACUAAGGCCACGCUUAAUUUUGAGCGCGCCGGUGGACGAGGACGAAGAAGCGUACGUUGCCGAACGGGGACCCGGUGUCUACGAGGCUGCUUUUUGGGUAGAACCUGGAGGGAAAGAGGGUACAUCUGCAACGCCUUAUGAUCCAUUCAUCGCACAACCGUCAGACGCGAUGCCAUUUCGCCACACGGCCAGUUGGCAACUUAGUUCGCAGAGGCUCUAUGAGGUGCCGGACUGGCGACAACAGCAUUAA